CAAUAUAUACCUUCUUAACACUUGGUCUGCCUGCGACUCUGUCUGUGUCUCCGUGACUCUAACAGCUCGGCCUGGUUAAAGUAACCUCGGGAUCAUCCAGCAAACAUGGCCACUGAGAAAAGGCUGUCUGCGAGGCGUAAGCACACCCUGAAGGGUUGCAUGCUCGUGGUGGCAGGUAAUUUGUUGGACGCUGAAGCGAAUGUGAAGGCCAAAGAGAGAGAGACGUUUUUGGCAGAUAAAUGUCCUCCUGUUGAGCUGCCGUACUCCAGGGAUGAGCUGUUGGAACUGUGCCAGAAGCUUCAUGAGCAGAUCAUCAUCAGUGAAGAUGAGAGAUACGGCAUAGAGUUCAAACUGAACAUGGUGCUGAAUGAGGUCAGGGACCUCAAUAUCAAGAUUGUGGAUUUGAGAGGAAAGUUCAAGAGACCCCGGCUGAAGAAAGUGCGCAUGUCUGCUGACGCCAUGCUCAAAGCUCUGUUGGGCUCCAAACACACUGUCAACAUGGACCUGAGGGCCAAUCUGAAGCAGGUCAAGAAGGAGGUGAAAGAGGAGGACAAGCAGCUGCGUGAUGUGGGAGACUGGCGUAAGAACAUUGAAGACAAGUCUGAUAGGAAGAAGAUGUUUGAUAGCUAAAUGCGAGGGUGACUUUCAGGACAGAAAUUGGGUUUACUGUCUUUGUUAACUGAAGGGUUUUAAUCCAAAGUGAUGCAUUUCUAAUUCAUUUUACUUGAUCUGUAGAUCCUGAUCUUAGUAAACAUAAUCUAAAGGCAUAUGUUUGGUGGAAGAUUAUGGUGCUUACUAAGCUUCUGUUUUGGUACAGUAUGUGAUAAAUGGCCUUUACUUUAAUUCAAGGCUUGUGUUAAGGUGCAGUGAAAUGUAGGGAAUCUGUGAUAUGCACUGAUGCCAGUGAAGCAUGGUUGUAGUUUUUGGAUAUCUCACUUUGAAUUAUACUCGUCACUAAGCUUCCUUCAUGCUUUAGCCUGUAUUGAAACUGUACUGUGAUAUAUUUGUACUGUGUUACAGUUAGUAUGUGUCAGAUAAAUCAAUUCUACUUUUUUCUCCUUUUGCUUUUACUAAUGUGCUGUUGUGAUGUACGUUUCCUGAAACUCUAGUUAGUGUCUGAGGUUAAAAUCCAAAUGCAAUGGACGCAUAUUUUGCAAAUAAAUCAUGACCCAUAUUCUAACUGGCCCAGCAUGAAUAAAUGAAACACUACAACAUGCUCUUUACACACAUUCAUUUGGUCAAUCCUUCACUUCUCCCUUGUUUGAUGUAGAUUGUAGAACGUCUAGUCAAGUGUUUCGUGCCACUUAGCUGUCCAAGAACCAUUAGAUCUCUGACAUGACCUGUUACCAUAAACUGUAAAUAUCAAAAGAUGGACAGACACCAUUACAUCACUUAGUGGUUUGUAAAGUCCUGUUGGGAAGCUGGUUGUCAGUCUGAUAACUGACACUGAUGUGGCCAAUGAGCAUAUUCUGGACAAUUAUCUUUUCUGGCUCUUAUAAUGAGAUAAUUUAUAAAAUGGACCUAAAGUUUCAUUCAUUAUAACCUAAAACUAGUCUGGAAACUUGUCAGACCCACAAGUUACAUCUCUUAUUCUGUCUGCCAACAUGUUUCCUGUAAUACACUUUCAUUUAUUAAUAAAUUUCAUCCAUUUA